AUGAAGUAUGGGCAAACUGACCCAAGUGCUGCCGAAUAUCCUUCGGAGGGUUGCGGUCAGUCGGGUGAGAACCGACUGUGUUCGGUGCAAGUCAGCGUCUUCGGUACUCAUCUAGUGCUGUUCAGUAUCUCCCCAAAGCUUCCUAAAUACCUCUCUUGGACCCUGGCGCAGGUGCAUGCUCAUUACUGGGUAACAGCCUCAAGGAUUGUGUCAAUGAAUGGCACUGUCACAACCCCAGCCAGAUUGCCACUGGCUCAAUGA